GAAUCGCAGAUAUUGACGAUGAUGUAGUAGGUACCAAACAGUAAUUCAAAUUUGAAGCUAGCUGUCAUCAUGUCAUUCGUGAUAUCAUCUUUAGCAGGAACAUGCGCGCGAAGAAUGAACAAACAGCCGCUGUUGGCGCAUAGUUGUUCGGCUGUCAAACAUCAAUUUGUGCGAAAUUUGGAGGUGCACGAGCACAUUGCGUACAAUUUGUUGAAGGAAGCUGGCAUUCCUACGCCACCAUUUUGGGUAGCGAGGACGGUCGACGAGGCUACCAGUGUGGCCAGGAAAUUGCAGACAAAAGACAUUGUGUUGAAGGCGCAAGUUCUGGCUGGUGGUAGAGCGAAGGGACAGUUUAAGGGUAGCAAUGUUAGCGGCGUCGUGAUGUGCGACACUGCCGAACAGGUAAAGGAACUGGCGAAUAGUAUGAUCGGCAAGGUACUCGUUACCAAACAAACAGGCGCGGCUGGAAAAAUAUGCAAUUCGGUAAUGAUAGCGGCGCGUAUGUUUCCACGUAAGGAGUAUUACAUGGCAGUGAUGUUGGAACGUACUUUCGAUGGGCCCGUAAUGAUUGUUUCCAAGCAAGGUGGAGUGAACAUUGAAGACGUAGCCGCCGCGAAUCCCGAAGCCGUAAUGUACGUACCGAUCGACGUGAACAAGGGUUUAACGCCCGCGCAAGCGAACAGUCUCGCUGAUAAGCUGGGACUCACAGGGCACAGCAAGGAGAUCGCGUCACUUGUUGCCUCCAAUCUCUAUGAUUUGUUCGUUGAAAAGGAUGCGUUGCUGCUCGAGAUCAAUCCAUUCGCAGAAGACAUCUGUGGCGAAUAUUAUGCUCUGGACUGCAAAUGCAAGUUUGACGACAGCGCCGAAUUCCGGCAGAAGGAGCUGUUUGCGUUGAAAGAUACGACUCAGAUGGACCCGAAGGAGGUCGAGGCGGAGAAAUACGAUCUAAAUUACAUAGCCCUUGACGGAAACAUUGGCUGCAUGGUAAAUGGGGCUGGCCUGGCGAUGGCCACCAUGGAUAUCAUCAAGUUGUAUGGUGGCGCACCAGCGAAUUUCCUAGACGUCGGUGGCACCGCCACUGUUGAGACGGUGACAGAGGGCUUCAAGAUAUUAUCUUCGGAUCCGAAUGUGGAAGCAAUCUUUGUGAAUAUCUUCGGCGGCAUAAUGAGAUGCGAUAUAAUCGCCCAAGGGAUCAUAGACGCUACUAAACAAUUAAAUUUAAAGUUGCCCAUAAUCGUGCGGUUACAGGGUACCAAUGUGGAUAAAGCUAAACAGUUGAUACUGAAUGCAAAAUUGAAAGUAAUAAGCGUAGAUGACUUUGCUCAAGCGGCUAAAACAUCUGUUAAGUUAGCGUUGAUGAUGAAUAUUGCGAACUCUUCGAAUUUAGAUAUCACUUUUAGUGCUAAAUCACCGAAGAAGAAUUAUGAUAAAGUAAAAAAUUCUGUGAGAGAAAAGGAGAGUCGAGAACAAUUCGAGAUAGAAGAAGAUAGCUCGAGUGAAAAAGAGACGGAGCUUGAACGUUCUCGACGCAGAAUCUACCAGUCCACCACGGCCGUCGCUCAGGCAAAGAUGGCUACCAUGUUGUCGCGGGCGGUCUCACUCGCGGAAGGUCUCGGCCGACUGAGCGGCCCCAAGAUAUUGGCAUGCAAGACCAGCUUGGUGAAACAACCAACCAGGAAUUUGAACGUGCACGAACACAUCAGCUACAGUUUACUGAAUGAGGCUGGCGUGCCGACUCCUAAAUUCGGCGUCGCCAAAACCUCCGACGAGGCAGCUAAGCUCGCCGCCGAUCUGAAAACGAAGGAUAUCGUCCUGAAGGCCCAGGUCCUCGCUGGUGGCAGAGGGAAGGGACACUUUAAGGGAACGAACAUCAGUGGCGUGAAGAUGUGUGAAACUCCGGAAGAAGCAAAAUCGUUGGCAAGCCAGAUGCUUGGUAAACUGCUGAUCACGAAACAGACCGGCGAAGGCGGCAGAAUAUGCAACGGCGUGAUGGUUACACAGCGCAUGUUUCCUCGUAAAGAAUACUACCUUGCUGUCAUGAUGGAAAGAGCCUUUGGUGGUCCCGUCAUAAUAGCUUCCAGCCAAGGUGGGGUAAAUAUCGAGGAAGUCGCGGCUACAAAUCCUAGUGCCAUCAUGUACGAACCUAUCGAUAUCAAUAAGGGCAUUACGAAGGAACAGGCAGACCGUAUAGUAGCCAAGCUUGGUCUCGACAACGUGAAGGACUACAUUUCCAACAUAAUUAUAAAUCUUUACCAGAUGUUCCUUAAAAAGGACGCUCUUCUCUUAGAAGUAAAUCCACUCGCCGAGGACAUUAAUGGAAAUUAUUUUGCUCUGGAUUGCAAAUGUCGAUUUGACGACAAUGCCGAGUUCAGACAGAAAGAACUCUUUAACUUAAGAGAUUGGUCUCAAGAAGAUCCUAAAGAAGUUGAAGCUGCGAAAUUCGAUUUGAAUUAUAUCGCGCUCGACGGUAACAUAGGUUGCAUGGUAAACGGAGCUGGUUUAGCCAUGGCUACGAUGGACAUUAUAAAAUUGCAUGGCGGUGAACCGGCCAAUUUCCUCGACGUUGGUGGUGGUGCAUCGACUUCGGCGGUGAAAGAAGCAUUUAAGAUCAUCACUUCUGAUCCACGAGUUCACGCCCUUUUAGUUAAUAUCUUCGGUGGCAUCAUGAGGUGCGACGUUAUAGCAGAGGGAAUCAUCGCCGCAACCAAGGAAUUAAGUUUAAAAAUUCCCGUUGUCGUCAGAUUGCAGGGUACUAAUGUCGACGAAGCCAAGGCUCUGAUCGCAAAUGCGGGUUUAAAAAUUGUACCAAUUGAUGAUCUCGAUGAGGCUGCACGAGUUGCGGUAAAAUUGUCGACCAUCGUCAAAUUAGCUCAAUCCGAAAAUCUCAGCGUGAAUUUCGAGAUACCUGCAAUUUCAUAAGUAGCGAAAAAGAAAAAUAUAAUUAUAAUUGAUAAUAUAUUAUUAAGUUAAGCAUUUUUGCCGAGAAUAUGUAUUCAAUCGUUGAAAGAUUUCAGGUAUGUCUGAAAGUAAUAACUACAGUAAUAACUUUACAUAUGUUAUAUAUUCUCGUCAAAGAAUAAUAUCUCACACAAUUGUUUAAUGAUUCUUUCCGGUAGACAAAAGUUUAUAUAUAUAAUCAAAUGUAAAUAUGUAUAAUUAUAUAUAAAAUAUAUCUGUAUAUUUUUUUCUCUUGUAUA